AAGAUAGGAAUAUAUCCCUACAGAUAGGGAAAUAACGAUAAAAACAUUCAAGAAGAAACAGACAACAAUGUCGUGUUCGGAUUCGCAAUCGUCCAACAAAACGUGGGAAUUAAGUAUGUACGAAUUGCAUAGAACUCCUCAGGAUUUAAUUACAGACAAUACAGAAAUAGCAGUGUUACCUAGAAGUCUUCGUACCGAGUUGAGAUGCCCUAUUUGUUUAGAUUUAUUAAAAAAUACCAUGACAACCAAAGAGUGUUUGCAUCGCUUCUGUCAAGAAUGCAUUAUAACAGCUCUGAGAAGUGGAAACAAAGAAUGUCCGAACUGUAGAAAAAAACUUGUUUCGAAAAGAUCGUUACGUCCCGAUCCGAAUUUUGACAUGCUUAUCUCGAAGAUUUAUCCCAGUAGAGAAGAAUACGAAGCUCAUCAAGAAAGAGAAUUGGCAGAAUUGAAUGUACAACAUAGUCAGGCUGUUGCUCAUAGCAUAGAAGAAGGAAUGAGAAUGCAAGUAUUGAAUCGAACAAAUCAAAAAGUUAAGAAACAGUUUGGCGAAGAGAACGGUUCCUUGCCCGUUCCGCUACCCGUUCCGGCGUCCAAGCCGAAUCCCACCGUUCCCGUCUCCAUACCCGUUUCCAUUCCGGUGCCGGUCUCCGUCGACGGUGCGUCGUCGCAGCCCCGUAAGAAACAGAAGUUGAGAUUGGAAGUGGAUUUGCCUUCGAGAGAACGGGACGAUCACGACGGCGGAACGGAAUCCGAGACGUUGGAAGCCGUCGGACAGGACGUGGAAAUCGGUCCCGGAGCGCCGAAUGAAAUCGAACUCGUUUUCAAACCCCAUCCCGACGACGUGGACGAUACGGAUCUGAAUUUGUUGCAAGUUAGAUAUAUCAAGACUACCGCAAAUGCUACAGGUAAAAUAUGUUUUAAAAUUAUGUAAUUUAAAAAUUUAUCU